AUGGACAUAGAUGUUGAAUUUGGCAAAGACGUGCCUACAGAUAUCAAGACUCCGCUUGAAUCUGGUCGUGGUUACUUCUGUGUUCAUAACACUGUAGAUCAUGUGCAUUUCCCAAGCCAGUAUGAAAGCGAUGAAAACGAUGAAAACAAACUGGAUGAGACUCCUUGA